AUGCCUUACCACCCAGCAUCAUGGCUCUCGGCCGUCAUCCCGGGUAUCAUGCUGCUCUGGGGGUCCGUCGAGGCGCAAGAUACUUGGUGCGGCAAAGUCUACAAUGGAUCGGCGCAAAUCAUCCCGGGCGGCUGGAUGGUUGAGCCUGAAGCCUCGAGCAGCCCGUUGCUGGAUGUCCAGGUCACGCCUCGACACAGCAUCUACGUCGGGAGCGAGACCAGCGCAGAGCUCAUCGUGGACGCGGCACUCUCUUACUACCACGGCGCUCCUUAUCUAGGGUCGUCGACGUCAUCAGGGGCAAGCAAUUCAUCUUCUCCCGACACGCUCAGCUUCACGCUCACGGUGGGAGGGAUCGACAUCGGAUCUGCCAGUGUCGGCGUCAACACGACCGACAACCUGGUGCAGUUCAACGUGAGCCAGCUGACACCAACGACAACGCCCUACCCGGUCGUGCUGACGGGCAGCACGUCGACGGGCAACUACUCGGCCUCCUCGGAGCUCCUCUACCUGCCCGACAAGACCAACGGCAGCGUGGUCAAGAUCGACAGGCUCUACAGCUCGAUCCUGUACCGCAGCAACAACACAGGCAACGUGUUCAAACCGUACUUCCCCUACGGCUACUAUGGCGACUACGGCGGCUGGUUCGACAUCCCAGGCGAGCCUACAACCUACAGAGACCUAGGCUUCAACGCGCUCAACCCGGUCACAGACUUUACCGACUCGGACAUGACGUACACCAUCGACGAGAUGGACGGCAUCGACCUCCUGUGGCAGUACGACAUGCGCAACUCGUACCAGAACCUCACCUCGGUGGCGGGCCAGGUGCCGCUCGUCAAGGACCACCCAUCGCUGCUCAGCUACUACACGGCCGACGAGCCCGACGGCUGGGGGUACACCUUCAACUCGACCACGGACGCCUACGACCUCCUCGCCGCCCUGGACCCGUACCACCCGACCGCGCUCGUGCUCAACUGCCAGAACUACUACUUUGCGCAGUACUCGGCCGGCGCCGACAUCAUCAUGGAGGACGCCUACCCGGUCGGCAUCAACUGGACCUUCUCGCCGGCCUGGGACACCCCCGUCAACCGCACCUACGGCGACUGCGGCUGCGACAACUGCGUCGGCGACUUCAACCUGCUCAACGUGCCCCAGCGCGUCGAGGACUUCCGCGCCUACGCCUCCUGGAUCGGCGGCGGCGGCGCCGUCCUGCGCAAGCCCAUCUGGGCCGUGCCCCAGGCCUUCUCCGGCGAGAACUACUGGAGCCGCGACCCCACCGCCCACGAGACCUGGGCCAUGGACCUGCUCGCCUUCAACCACGGCGCCAAGGGCAGGCUGGCCUGGAUCUACCCGCCCUCGGCCGUCCUGGGCAACGCCACCAGCCUGCUGGCGCGUGUGGUCACGGUCUCGCCUGUGGUGGACUUCCUCACGGGCGCGAACCCAGUGCUGGUGAGCGACGGGCGCCGCGCUGGUGGCAAUAGUAGUAGCAGUAGUAGUAGUAGUAGUAGUAGUAGUAGUAGUAGUAGUAGUAGUCUGGAUGUGGCGUACUGGGCGGUCCAGGGGGAUGGUGUGCUUGUGGGUGUGGUGAACCCGGCCAACACGACGACGGCGGCGCCCUGGGGCAAUGUGAGCUGGACCUUUGACGGGAGUAACUUGGUGGCCAGUAGUGGGAUUGAGCCGCAUGGGACGAGUUAUGUGAUACUGCAGUAGACUAUUGUAAUGUUGGUAGUUUCGAGAGU